GUGCACUCCCCUCAGUUUAUGAAAUGGCUCUGCUCCAAUGGCUGGAAGAAGGCUUUAGACCAUUCUUGUUCUUUAUAUUCAUUUUCAUAGUUCUAUUGAUGAAAUUUCUCUUUAUAGACAAGUCAAGAAAGAGAAGAUCCAAUCUCCCUCCAAGUCCUCCUAUGUUACCCAUCAUUGGCAACCUCCACCAGCUUGUCACCAUGCCUCACCUGUCUCUGCAAGGCCUUGCAGAUAAGUAUGGACCCAUAAUUUAUCUACAACUUGGUGAAAUCCCAACGGUGGUUGUUUCAUCAGCUAGACUAGCAAAGGAAGUGUUGAAAACCCAUGAUCUUGCACUUUCAAGCCGUCCACAACUCUUUUCAGCUAAAUACCUCUUCUACAACUGCACAGACAUUGUCUUCUCUCCUUAUGGUGCUUACUGGAGGCAUAUCAGAAAAAUUUGCAUACUUGAGCUUCUAAGUGCCAAAAGGGUAGAGUCAUAUAGUUCUGUUAGAGAAGAAGAAGUUGCUCGUUUAGUUCAUCAGGUUGUAGGGUCUUAUCCAGGAACUAUCAAUUUGUCUAAGAUGCUGGCACUGUAUGCAAAUGAUGUUCUUUGUCGAGUAGCAUUUGGAAGGGACUUCUCAGGAGGAGGAGACUAUCAACGACAUGGGUUCCAAAUGAUGCUUGAUGAGUACCAGGAACUCCUUGGAGGAUUCAGCGUUGGUGACUUCUUUCCUUCCUUGGAGUUUAUACACAGCUUGACUGGCAUGAAAUCAAGACUCCAGGACACUUCUCAAAGAUUUGAUCAACUCUUUGAUCAGAUAUUGAAUGAACAUAUGGCUUCCAAUAAAAUAGAGGAGCAUAAGGACCUCGUAGAUGUUUUACUCGAGGUGCAGAAGAAUGGCUCGGAUGAGAUGCCUCUCACCACUGAUAAUAUCAAGGCAAUCAUCUUGGACAUGUUUGCUGCAGGAACUGAUACAACCUUCAUUACCCUUGAUUGGGGAAUGACAGAGCUGCUAAUGAAUCCCCAGGUUAUGGAAAAGGCACAAAAGGAAGUGCGGAGCAUCCUAGGAGAAAGAAGAGUUGUUACAGAAAGUGAUCUGCAUCAACUGCAUUAUAUGAGAGCUGUUAUUAAAGAGAUAUUUCGAUUGCAUCCUCCAGUUCCAGUAUUAGUCCCAAGGGAAUCCAUGGAAGAUGUUAUCUUAGACGGGUAUAAAAUUCCAGCUAAGACAAGAUUUUUUGUUAAUGCUUGGGCAGUUGGUAGGAACCCAGAAAGUUGGGAACAUCCUAAUGCAUUUAAACCAGAGAGAUUUUUGGGAAGUGAUAUUGACUACAGAGGACAGGAUUUUGAGCUAAUACCAUUCGGGGCAGGUAGAAGAGGUUGUCCAGCAAUUACAUUUGCCAUUGCAGUUCUUGAGCUUGCUCUAGCUCAACUCCUCCACAGUUUCGAUUGGGAGCUUCCUCCUGGUAUUACAGCCAAAGACUUGGACCUCACUGAAGUUUUUGGCAUCUCAAUGCACAGGAGAGAAAAUCUUCAUGUUGUUGCUAAACCGCACUUUCAAUGAAGACUCAUGAUGCAUCAAGUAUAAAGGGCAUAUGAAUUGUACUCAGUUAGUAGAUAGCUAUUAGUUAAUGUUAAGCAGUUAGUUAGCUAUUGCCUACAUACAAGUAAGAAGACCAAAUGAGUCAUUAAUGAAUUGUAUGAUUUGGAUGAACUUGGUUCAUUUGGAAGUUUUCUCUUCUUAACUCAAAAGGAGGAGAAUUGUGAUUCUAUCAACUCUGCUAUCCUUGAGUUGCUUCAUGAUCAAAUUCUUACUUGAAAUCCAAAUUUUUGGA